CUUCUAGGAAGUUCAGCAACAUGGAUCAAGUCUGUCUGAGGAAUGUCGUGCAAAUCAUUGACAAAUUUAGCACCAUGGCGAGCGAGUCUUCCGAUACCGUUCAUCCUCAAGGGGAGGCCGAUGGCGACACCCUUUGUGAGACGAUCAUGGCCAUAGAUAUGAAAGAGAGUGGUCAAGUUGGCUGUGCUUACUACGUUGCCAUCGAGGAAGCCUUGUGUCUUCAAGAAGAUAUUGCCAUGGCUGGCAUGGAGCUUGUCGAGACGCUGCUCCUCCAUGCACAGCCCACGACGGUGAUCAUCACUAACCGAGCGCCGGACAAGUUGAUUGAAUAUUUGGAGAGUGGUGCCCAGAGGGUUGACUCUGAUCAAUCCAGUGACAUCAACGGGGUAUAUGCCCUACGCACUGUUGGCUCAUCCGAGUUCAACUACAACGCCGGAAAAGAGAGGCUACUCAACCUCAACUCGGAGUUAUUCGGACCCCAAUCCACCUUCUUUACCUCUGUUGCGGAAGAUGAUAUGGAUGACGCAGCAGGGGCUAGUCAUGACGGCAAGCAGAGCAAGUUGAUGAGGCUCGCCACACACAUCAACCUCGAUAGCCAUCUGUCGAUCGGAUGUGCGGGCGCCGUGUUGAACGAACUUCAGCGCAGGCAAGCUGCCAAGUAUUUGCCCGAUGAUCCAGACGCAAUCCUCGCCUUCCGGGUCAGGAGCAUUAAGAUGCUGUCACUUGCCGACUCCAUGUUUGCAAAUGCCGAUACUCUGGCAGCGCUCCAGAUACUUUCUUCUGAGUCUCACCCAAACGGCCAGAUGCAAGGCCCGGACAAAUCGAAGUCAGGGGCAAAGGAAAACCUCUCCGUCUAUGGGUUGUUCAAGUUUCUGGCCUCUACAUCCCAGGGCAAGGCUAGAUUGCGGCAAAUGUUCCUCCGACCGAGUCUUGAUCUUGACCUUAUCCAUGAACGGCAGAGGACCAUUUCUGUCUUGCUCCGGCCGGAGAACUCUCAAGUGUUAUCAAGCAUGGUUAAGAUGCUCAGGAAGGUCAAGAACGUCAAGACCUCCGUCCUUCAUCUCCGCAAAGGUGUCGAUCUACCCUCUCGGAUAAGGUCGGUCAAGAAGGGGGUUUGGAUGGCGCUAUCGAGAUUUGCUCUUGUUUCCAUCGAGCUCAGGGAGGCAGUUCGCACUCUUUCCGGUGGAGAAAAUCUCGCUAUCGCCUCAAGGGUGGUCAAUGAGAUCGAGCCACGGGACAUUGUCAGAGUCGGUGAGAUGAUACACUCGGUCAUUGACUUUGAUCAAUCGAUGGAGAGCAACCGAACAGCAGUCAGGCGAGGUGUCAAUGCUGAACUGGAUGAUCUGAAACACAAAUACGACGGUCUCGAUGAUUUCCUCUCCCAGGUUGCCGCGCGCCUGGCGCAAGUGAUACCCGAGUGGGCUUGCGAAUACGUGCAGAACUGCAUCUUCUACCCCCAGCUUGGGUUUCUUACAGUGGUCAGCCUGAACCCAGAAACAGGAAGGGGGAACUACGAAGGCGAAGGCCUUGUCGGCGAUAUAUGGGAAACGAUGUUUGUGAACGAAGGCCACGUCUACUACAAGAACACCAUGAUGAAGGAGCUGGACGAACAGGUUGGGGACAUUUUUUGCAUGAUCGUUGAUAAGGAGAUUGAAAUCAUCCACGAACUCGGCACAAAGGUCCUUGGGCAUGAGGACGCGAUGAUUGCCGCCUCGGACUUAUUUGGGGAACUUGACAGUUUCAUCGCGCUGGCGCUGGGCGCGGAGAGAUAUCGCUGGACGAUUCCACGGAUGACAAGGAAGAACGUGGUCAAGAUCCAGGGUGGACGUCACCCUCUCCAGGAGCUAGUAGUUCCUUCAUUCAUUGCGAAUGACUGUGGUAUACAUGGGGGCUGUGGAGCCCGACCUGAAGAAGACGAAGACAUGUCAAUAGAUGGGGAGGAGGUGCCGAAUGGGCCGAGCAUGUUGGUCUUGACGGGACCCAACCACUCCGGCAAGAGCGUCUAUCUCAAACAGGUGGCUCUCAUUGUCUACUUGGCACAUAUCGGGAGCUAUGUGCCCGCGGAGCAGGCAACCAUUGGCCUGACUGACAGGAUCCUGACGCGGAUAGCGACGAGGGAGAGUGUGUCUAGAAGCGAGAGCGCUUUCUCGAUCGAUUUGAGACAGGCAGCGUUCUCCAUGAACUUUGUGACUCGGCGGAGCCUUGUGCUUAUAGACGAGUUUGGCAAGGGAACGAAUGCAAACAACGGCGCCGGCUUGAUGACGGCUCUGCUUGAUCACUUUCUCAGCCUGGGCGAGGAGACGCCCAAGACCCUUGCCGCCUCGCAUUUCCACGAGAUAUUCGAGAACGGGUUCCUCGAGGAGGACGACAACCUUGCCUUUGCACACAUGGCCGUGAGAGUGGACCUCGAGACCACAGACCCCGAAAACCAAGUGACGUACCUGUUCCAGCUCGUCCCCGGGCGGAGCACGUCUAGCUUCGGGAGCAUAUGCGCAGCCAUGAACGGCGUCGACAGCGCGGUGGUCGACAGAGCCGAAGCCCUCGUGCUCUUGUUAGCGCGAAACGAGGACCUCCAAGCCGCCUGCGCGAAGCUCUCGGACGAGGAGGAGCGGAAACUCGAAGAAGCGGAGGCGGUGGCGAGGCGAUUCAUCGAGAUGGACAUCCCCACGCCACCGCUGCGAAGGGGUGGUAUGCAGAGGGUCACCCCUGACGUUGAUCUCUUUCGGCAUAUGCUGCGCGACCUCGUGUCUCCGCGACGAGGGUCAGGUUCUAGCCCAUAG